AUGGCGGUUAGACUAUGCCUGAAGCACCUACAAAAGAUUCAAGGGUUGCGCUCUCCAAUUUGCAUAGCGUCUUUCUCGAGUUCUUCUGCCAAGUCACUAAAUUCAUUUCCUCAUCGCGCUAUCAAGCAGCAACGAGCCAUCGGGGUUUCUAAUCAAGCAAGCGUGUUUUCAUCUCGAGCUUCCAUUGCCAUGGCAAAGUCAUCAACCGAGCAGGACAGUCGUCCAAACAUUACAAUACGGCCAGCGAACCUUGAAGACGCCAAAUCCAUCGCGGAUCUUGGCGCUCAGGUCUUUUCAGACACAUUUGGCCACUCAGUCCAACCCCACGAGCUUCAGGCAUUUCUUGAUGAAUCCUACACAGUUGAGGCGGUCACAAAGGAGCUGAAGGACCCUCAAAAGGACACUAUCCUCGCCUUCGACCAAAUUGGCGACCUCUUGGGUUUUGCCAUGCUCACUCGCGGCUCAACUGAGCCUUGUGUAGCCGACCUUGAUGGUAUCGUCGAGUUGCAGCGGAUUUACCUGUAUCCCAAGGCACACGGUACAGGCACAGGAAAAGCACUGGCAAUCAGGCUAGAGGACAUGGCCAGAGAGCAAGGAUUCAAGCACAUUUGGCUUGGAGUGUGGCAAGAAAACGUGCGCGCUCAGAAGGCGUACGAGAAAUGGGGUUACAAAGUUGUCGGCACACACGAUUUUGUGGUCGGCUCGGUGGUUCAAACAGACGACAUCUUGGUGAAGAAGCUUUAG